UCCAAAAUUACCAUCAUUUCAUCAUCAACAACAACAACAAUUUCUUGACCUUGUUAUCAUCAUCAUUGCCAUCGUGGUUGUCACAGAAUAUUCUUAUAAUUUAUUUGUAGUAGUAGUAGUAGCAGCAGCAUUAUGAUUCUUUAAUAGUUUCUAAUCAUCAUUGUUGAUUAUAAGUAUUAUUAUUCGUUUCGUUGAACAAAAGGAUUCAUUUCUUAAGAUUUCUCGUGCCUUUUGAUGUAAUUUUAUUCGAAUUCUACUUGUUGACUCUGUCUAUUCUAUGAAUAAUGUUUGUCGUCGUCGUAUUGUGUUCAUCAUUGUUUAUGUGUGCUCGAUCAACUGAAUCAUGAUUUGUUUCUAAGAUUUUUUUCCAAGUGUUUUUUUUCCACACUCAUGUGAUAUUUCUACCCUGUUUGUGUUUUCAAAGAUUUUUAUCACUUUUCUGUGUGUGUUUUUUUUUCGUGAACUCUGAUAUUGUGCGUGUUUGUGUGAUUAGAUUAAUGAUUAUUUGCGGUGUGUUGUUCACCGGAUAUACAAUAAUAAUCGGCAAUUUUUAUUUCCUUCGUUUUUAACUUUUGUUUUUUCAUGUUUAUGGGUGUCCAUUUUUUUCAACAUUUCAUUUGAUUGUCGCUAAUAAAAUCACCAAACUACUACAUUCAAAAAUGAUCUACGUAGAUGAAACCGAUCCUAUUGAUGAAAAUGAAGAGCCACCAUUUCAACCACGUAAUGUUUGUGUGAAAAAAAUCAAUCCAAAUGUUGAAUAUACAUUGGGCGAAGAAUUGGGAAGAGGAAAAUUUGGUGUCGUACGUUUGUGUUAUGAGAAACAGUCGAAGAAAAAAUUGGCCGCAAAAUUCAUACAAACAACCUGCACGCAGGAUCGUAAAGAUGUUGAACGUGAAGUGGAAAUAAUGUGUGCAUUACAACAUCCACGAUUAUUACAAUUAUAUGAUGCAUUUGAUGAUGGUAAAAAUCAAAUGUGUCUUAUUAUGGAAUGUGUUGAAGGUGGCGAACUAUUCGAAAGGGUCAUCGAUGAUGAUUUUGUAUUGACAGAGAAAGCAUGUUCCAUAUUUGUACGACAAAUAUGUGAAGGUCUUGAUUAUAUUCAUUCAAAAUCAAUCAUACAUCUUGAUAUGAAACCUGAAAAUGUUCUUUGCGUUACACGUACUGGUAAUCGUAUCAAAUUGAUUGAUUUUGGUUUUGCACGUAAAUUCAAUAAAGGUCUACAGGUUAUGUUUGGUACGCCGGAAUUUGCCGCACCUGAAGUGAUCAAUUUUGAAGAUGUUGAUUUCGUAACCGAUUUGUGGGCCGUAGGUGUCAUCACAUAUGUUUUAUUAUCUGGUCUAUCACCAUUUAUGGGCGAUAGCGAUCUUGAAACAAUGGCCAAUGUAACAAGAGCUGUUUAUGAUUUCAAUGAUGAAUCAUUUGAUCCGAUCUCAAAAGGAGCUAAAGAUUUUAUCGCCAAAUUAUUGGUCAAAGAUAAAACGAAACGAUUGACAGCUACACAAGCAUUGAAACAUCCAUGGCUAAAGACUCGAACGAAAAAAUUGAAAAAUGAACCAAAAGAUAAAUCAUUGGAUAAGAAAAAAUUGAAAAAAUUUGUCAUCAGAAGACGUUGGCAGAAAGCUGUCAAUGCAAUAUUGGCAUUACGACGAAUGGGUGCAACAAUCGAUCUACCACCAUUACCAAUUGCAUCGAUACCUACACCGAAAAAAUCAACACCAAAAACCGGCAAAGCAAAAGGCUAAUAUCAACAAUUAAAAAAAUGAAUAAAUCAAUGGUCGAUAAUACUACUUGUCUACUUAUCAUCAUCAUCAUCAUUAUCAUUAUCUUGUCAUUUUGAAAAUUGGAAAUUAAACAUCUUAUAUUACACACAUUCAUAUAAUCUUCAAAUGAAAAAAAAAAUUCAAAGCAAACCACAUCAACAACAAAUUUAAAUUCUAGUCUUUCUUUUGAUUCACUAUCCCACCCAUCAUCCGCGCAUACACAUGGACACACCCCCACCCACGCAUUUGCUUAUUCAUUCAUUCAUUCAUCAAUCAAUCAAUCAAUCAAUCGAUUCAUUUUUUUGUUCAUCAAUUUAAAUUUGUAUUUAUAAAUCUCAUUCACACACACACUAUUAUACUGGUUGAACUGAUGACUGAAAUCAAUUUGAAAAUUUUCAAAUUUCAAUCAAAAAUACACACAUAUUUAUCUCUUUAUCUUUAUGAAUCACUUUGUGUUUUUUCAGGAUUCUUACCAUUUUAUUUGAU